UCACAUCUCUCUCUAGCCAAUAAAAGCAGGGGAGGUUGCCCCUCCCCGUGCAAUAUCAGUUUCAGUCCGGUCCCAUCCCGGUUUACCCUUUCUCUGCUCCCAGAGCUGCGCGCCUCUGCACUGCAGUGGCCAUGGCCAGCCAGUCAGUCUUUGUUGUUGCUAUAGAUUUUGGCACAUCCUACAGUGGGUACUGUUUUUCUCUUGCUUCAGGUACAGACCAAAUCCGGCAGGUUAACUGGGGAAUAGAGCAUGGGCUCAAGACCCCAAAGACACCUACGUGCAUUUUGUUCAACCAGAAGCAGGAGUUCAAAUAUUUUGGCUAUGAUGCUGUGAUGAGGUACAAGAGCCUGCCCUCCAGCCAAGCUGACAGCUGGUACUUCUUCGAGAACUUCAAGAUGCAGCUGUACAACACGAGUGUCACAGCUGGCAUGCAGCUGAAAGCCACCAAUGGAAAGACACUUCCUGCUCUGACAGUCUUUUCUGAAAGCCUGCGCUACCUGAAGAAACAUGCUUUGAAUACCAUUAAGGAGGCCUCUUUCCAAACUGUCUACGAUCCAGAGGAGAUCACCUGGGUCCUUACUGUCCCAGCCAUAUGGAGCGCUGCUGCCAAGCAGUUCAUGCGUCUGGCAGCAAAAGAGGCAGGAAUUAUCUCUGACAUGCUCUCUAGGAACCUGAUCAUUGCCUUGGAGCCAGAAGCUGCAUCACUGUGGUGCAAGCAGCUUCCACAGGAAGGGUUUAUGGCAGACAGCAGUGACAAGAAGAAGUUUGAAGACUCCCCUGGGAUCCAGUACAUUGUCGUUGACUGUGGAGGUGGCACAGUAGACAUCACAGUACAUGAGAUCCAAGAAGACCAUUACCUAAAGGAGCUACACAAGGCAGCUGGAGGUGGAUGGGGAGGCAACAGAGUGGAUGAAAACUUCAUCAGUUUCCUCAAGGAAAUAUUCAAUGAUGGCGUAUGGGAUGAAUAUGUAAAGAAGCACCCUACUGAAUUACAAAGUAUGAUGUACAACUUCAGCCUACAGAAAUGCUCUGAUAGAAGGGAGGCAGUCUACAUGCAUUGCUACUACAACUUGACCAAAGUGGCAGAGUCCAAGAAGGACAUCUCCCAGUUCUUUGAAAAAGCAGCAGGAGCUGUGUGGUGUGAUGGGACAAUCAAGAUUACAUAUGAGAAAAUGAAAAGCUUGUUUGAGUAUAGUAUCAACAAUAUAAUUUGUACUUUGAGUGAAAUUCUUUGCAAACCUGAGAUGGACAAAGUCCAGUAUAUUUUACUUGUGGGAGGCUUUGCAUCCAGCAUCAUCCUGAGAGAUGCAGUCAGGCAGGCCUUUAGCAGCAAGUAUCACAUCCUUUGUCCCAUGGAGGCCCAGGUGGCCAUUGCAAAAGGGGCUGUUUUAUUUGGAAUUAAUCCCCGUAUGAUUACCUCAAGAAUCAGCUGUAGGACAUAUGGCUUAGAAAUAUGUCAGAAAUUUGAUGAUGCUAUCCAUGAUGCCCGUAAACGGAGGGUCUCAAAAACUGGUGACUAUAUUUAUUGCACAGGUCUCUUCUGUAAACUGGUGGAAAUUGGGGAAUCAGUGAAUAUACAGGAAGUUGCCCACUAUGAUUUCUAUCCGACAGAACCAGAUCAAACAAAGGUAGCCUUUGCUUUCUAUUGUACAAAAAACCAGAAUGCUCGGUAUGUAGAUGAGGAAGGGAUGGAACAGCUUGGCUUCUGUGUAGUGCCAUCACCAGACACGAGGCUGGGGAAAGAUCGCAAGCUGAAGGUGGCGAUUAAAUUUGGGCUCACUGAAUUUGAAGCCACAUGUACUGAUGUUACUUCCCAAGAAAGUCAGACAGUUAUAAUAGAUUUUUUAUCUUAUAAUUACUCCUCAUAUUGAACAGAUCUUAGAUGUCUUUCCAGCCAUUAUGAUUCUAACAAUUCUAUGACUUCUACAAUAGAAGAGACAAUUGGACCAAUAAGUCCAUCAUGCAACUUUCUAUUUACACAGGAUAAUUACAAGUCUGAUUCUCUGGUUCCUUCCAUUCCUCACCCACCACCCUUUCAGUCCAACACCUCAUUUUCUCUUGUAUCUGAUAACGUGUUUGUCUGCUGCUUUAUCUCAUGUCCUUUUAGCUUGCAUCUCUGUACACAAUAGUCCAUACCACCAAUACAAUCAUCUGUGACCUACCUGUGUUUGAUGAAAAGCCUCUGGACUGGGGUCUAACUUCCACAUAAAGCAGACCAUAGCUGUUUAUUUUAGCCUGGUGUCUUCUUGCAGCUACAUCUUCUCUUUCUCUGACAUCAGGUCACUUUAUCUGAAGUCCAGGUUUAAUUCUGCUGGGGGUGACAUUCAGUGGAUUUCUCUUUUCUUCAGAAUAUCAUUUAUAUAAACUCUGUGUAAUUAAAGCUCCAGGGUCCCAGACAAGAGAGCUGAGUGAACCAGUCUAGGGGCUUGUGUCCAAAACCUGUGGGAGUGUUGUUUCUAUUAAAUGAUUGGGUGGUUUGAUCUCAUUAAUUGGGCAGAUAUGAAUGCCAGAUUGUAACUUUACAGAUAUGAAUAGUGCAUAUGCUGUUGCCUGAUGACUCUGUCCACCUCUGGGUGCUCUCUGCAUCUCUGAUUUGGGCAUGAUAAUUUUCUACAUCACCUCCUCCUGCUUGCAUCAUCUGUGCAAAAGUCCAGCACAGUGUAGGCUUCCUGGGCCAAAAUUUGUCCAAGAAAAGGGUGCAGUCCUACAGUGUGCUGGGUCUGGCUGAGGUGGAGUUGACUUUCUUCAUAGUGACCCUUAUCUUGGUGUGUGGUUUGGGUCCAGAAUGAUGCUGAUAACACACUGAUGGUUCAGGGGUUGUGAGGGGUGGGUUGGGGUUUGUGGAGUUGGCUUUCUUCCCCUCCACUAAGGAUGUAAAGUUUCUCUGCUGAACACCACCAGCCUCCAGCAAUGCAAAUUCUUGGUUAGCUGGAUACCAUGCAAGAAAGCUCAGCACUGUCAUCCUUAUUAGUUGAAUGAUUGCAUUAGAGUUACUGCUGGCCAGGUACUGAAUGUUGUUAAUCACUAGAGCAGCAUUCAGAGGACUAAUCUGCAUAUAUGCUAUGUCCUAUGAUACGUAAAAGUGGAAUGAUUUUGAAGUUACUACCUUUGCUUUUACAUUUAAAUGUUAUGUAUGUGUCAUGGAGUUACUUUACCUUUAAGGAAAGUUGGAGUUACUGGGGACUGCCUACAGUCUUUCUCAUGACCAAUUAUCGGUCAUUGCUGAGAAUUGACAGCAGUUUUAGCCAUUGAAAAGUGAGAUCAACUUGUGAACCCCACCUUAAAGUGUACAACCAGAACGCUGUUGUGCUCUUUGUUG